AUGUGUCGCCUAUGGUUUCCGCUGCUGUUUUUUGUUGUGGUAUUGGGACUGCAGCAGCAUGAAGUCACUGCCAAACGGACCUUUGAAGUUGACUGGGCCAAUGAUCGUUUUCUCAAAGAUGGCAAACCCUUCCGUUUCAUUGCCGGUUCAUUUCAUUAUUUCCGUUCGCAUCCGGAUACCUGGCAAAGGAAAUUGCGUACAAUGCGUGCAGCUGGUCUAAAUGCUGUUACCACCUAUGUUGAAUGGUCGCUGCAUAAUCCGAAAGAUGGUGUCUAUGUCUGGGAUGGUAUUGCGAAUUUGGAACGGUUCAUUAAAUAUGCCAUAGAUGAGGAUUUACUGGUCAUCUUAAGACCGGGGCCGUACAUAUGUGCCGAGCGGGAUUUUGGAGGAUUUCCUUAUUGGCUGUUAUCAAAAUAUCCCAACAUCAAAUUGAGAACAUCGGAUAUUAAUUAUCUCUAUGAAGUUCGCAUUUGGUAUUCCCAGCUAAUGGCCAAAAUGGAUACGUACCUCUAUGGUAAUGGUGGUCCAAUUAUUAUGGUCCAAGUGGAAAAUGAAUAUGGUUCGUAUUAUGCCUGUGACAAGAAAUAUCGUACCUGGUUGCGUGAUGAGACAUUGGGUCAUGUUAAGGAUAAGGCAGUACUCUUUACCAAUGAUGGACCCAGUGUACUGCAUUGUGGCCAUAUCGAUGGUGUGGUAUCAGCAAUGGACUUUGGUGCCACCAACAACUUAACAGAUAUUUGGAAUAAACUGAGGAGAGUACAGCCGAGAGGACCUCUAGUGAAUGCUGAAUAUUAUCCCGGCUGGUUGACACACUGGGGUGAGAGUAUGGCAAGGGUUAAUACCAAAUCGAUUACCAAUACUUUUGUGGAAAUGCUAAACGAUGGAGCCAGUGUCAACUUCUAUAUGUUCUAUGGCGGCACCAAUUUCGGAUUCACCGCAGGCGCCAAUGAUGGAGGCCCCGGCCGUUAUAUGGCCGAUAUCACCUCCUAUGAUUAUGAUGCACCCAUGACAGAGUCCGGAGAUCCCACAUCCAAAUAUUUUGCCUUACGUGAAAUAAUUUCCCGCUUCUUGCCCAUGCCAAAUAUUUCAGUACCGGAUCCAGUGCCCAAGAAGAAAUAUGGAACUGUAAAGCUACAAACCUGUUGCUCCAUGUUAUCAAAGGCUGGACGUCAACAAUUGGCCACUGGGGUGAUAAUCUCCAAUAAACCCAAAACCUUUGAGGCCCUACAUCAGUUCUCCGGCUUGGUGUUAUAUGAAACUUAUCUACCAAAGACUCGACGUGAUCCGGGUGUGCUGCACAUACCCGGUUUAAGAGAUCGUGCCUUAAUAUAUGUGGAAAAUGAUUUUGUGGGUAUUCUAUCACGGGAAUCGGCCAUCUUUGAUUUACCCAUACCCCUAAGAUCGGGUAAGAAGCUGCAGAUUUUGGUGGAAAACCAGGGACGCAUAAAUUAUGGACCUGUCACCGAUGCCAAGGGUAUUAUUGGAGAUGUGGUGUUCGACAAAAAGGUCUUGACAAAUUGGAACAUAACAAAAUUCCCCCUGGAAUCCUAUGAGGACAUUGAACGCCUGAUAGAAAAAGAGGGCUCCCGACUCAACGAAAUCGAUUCGUUUAAAAUGCUCGAUGCCGGUCCCACCAUAUUUUAUGGUUCCUUUGAGAUCAAAGACUUACGCACCAGUGACACCUAUUUGGAUACGACAGGUUGGAGUAAGGGUAUCGCCUUUGUAAAUGGUGAGAAUUUAGGACGCUAUUGGCCAAUGGUCGGACCCCAGGUGACACUCUAUGUGCCAGCCGAAGUACUUAAAGUCGGUGUCAAUAAUGUUGUACUUAUCGAAUAUCAAAGUGCGCCGGAAUCGGCGGAAAUCACAUUUACCGAUAAACCGAAUUUAGAUGGCCUAAGGAAUUGA